GUGUUUGUUGACUACGGAGCGCCUGCUCUCAUCUUUUUUAAUGUCACUCAGAUGCUCCUUCACACGAGUUUCCAAGUGUGUUAAUGUUUGUCCUAUGUAGGACGUAUUACAAUCGUUGCAGUCGAUAUACACCACACCUGUUUCCUUCAUGUUGUCCAGUUUGUCCUUGCCACGCCUUAUAAUUGAGUCGAGUUUUUUAGGAAUCGUGUGAAGGACCUCUAAGCCACAUCGAUUCACAGUAUGGCAAAUAUUCUCGCUUAAACCCUUAACGUAAGGAAACACUAUAGUCAUUGAGAACCCCGGCGAUAAUCAAAUCUUCAAUAUCGAUUCAUCUCUACUGGAAAGCGCGACGAACAAUUCACUGCAUCAGAAGACAACUCUCGUUGAUCGUGAAACUGCUUCAAAAAAUGAAGAUGAAAGGACAUUGCAGAGACAUUCCACACUCCAAUCCACACUCGAUGAACCGAUGGAUCUUCCGUGCCAUCUUGACAGCGAUCACAACCUCUGCGCUGGGACGGCGAAUAGCGACUUGGAGUUCAUCGCACAACAGUCGAUGGCGUCAGGGCCACAAGCUGUGGAUCUCGAAAAUGAUCUUUCAAUAGGGGAAAGAAGAGUAUCGCGACAGACUCCUAAUUCUGACGUUCUCGUGGGAGCAUCAGAAUAUGCCGGACAAAGCAGUUCACAGGCAUGCGAAAUGAUACCGCCUACGACGAGCGGUCACUGUAUGCCUCAGAAUGUUCCCGUCCCAUUUCAAAAAGCCCUUUUCUGGCCAUUGCCAACCGAGAAAGAUGACAAGAAACGACGCAAAAAAGAAAAAAUUCCGACCGUUGUGACUUCUCAAGAGUGGCAGGCAUAUCAUGCUGCGAAAGCAUUAGAAAAAAUUAAGAAGAACAAUGAUAUCGAAGAAAGAAAGAGAAAUCGCGAAUUAGCUAGUAUUAACAAAAAAAGAGAAGCUGAAGAGAAGAAAAAAAAAGACUCGAAGCUGCUGAAGAAAAGAAACGUAUCAUCGAAGCUGAAAAAGAAAGAAAACGCUUGGAACGAGAAGAAAAAGCGAGGAAAAGGCAAAGAGCAGUUAAAAAAAAGAAAAGUCAAAGUAAAAAAA